UGAGGCUCAGUUGUGAUGGUAACAGCCGAAGCGAUCUGCCUUAAGCCUGUCAACCUUUUAAGACAACCUCUAACCUUUCACUGGCCCUGCCUCCAACAAGUUGCUGCUGAACUCAGAUCAGAUACACAGACGUGUGACUGUGCAUUGCAUGCAGGAUAUCACUGGCUGCUGCUUCUGAUGUCCAAGUACAACCUGUUUCUGCUGAGGCAUGGAGAGGGGAACUGGAACAAGGAGAACCGAUUCUGCAGCUGGGUUGACCAGAAGCUGAGUGAGAAUGGGGUGCAGGAGGCCCAGGACUGCGGCAGACUCCUGAAGGAGCAGGGCUACAAGUUCGACUUAGUAUUCACCUCCAUACUCAGCCGCUCCAUUCAGACAGCAUGGUUAGUGCUGGAGGCUAUGGGUCAGGAGUGGGUCCCUGUGGUCAAAUCCUGGAGACUGAACGAGCGUCAUUAUGGCUCUCUGAUUGGCUUAAACCGGGCAGAGAUGGCUCAACAACACGGGGAGGAAAAGGUGAAGCUGUGGAGACGGAGUUAUGACAUCACUCCACCUCCAAUUGAUGAGUCCCACCCUUACUUCCAGGAAAUCUACAGUGACCGUAGGUACACCACAUGUGACGUGACAAAGGAGAACCUUCCUCGUGCGGAAAGCCUGAAGGAGGUGUUGGACCGGCUGCUGCCAUACUGGGACAGCACUGUGGUGCCAGAGAUAAGGAAAGGCAGGACUGUGCUCAUUUCGGCUCAUGGAAACAGCUGCAGGGCUUUGCUGAAACACCUGGAAGGUAUAUCGGACAAGGAUAUUGCCAGUGUGACUUUACCUACAGGGAUACCUGUUCUGCUUGAACUGGAUGAAAACCUCAAGCCUGUGAAACCCCGGCAGCUCUUGGGAGACCAGGUGAAGAUUCAGGCGGCUAUUAAAAAGGUGGAGGACCAGGGAAAAGCCAAACCAUCAACUUGAAUACACUGGCUGUAAGACUUAAUUUAGCUCUAUCCCGGUUUCCUGUGGUCACUUUGAUAGAUACAGAAUCUUAAAAGACUUACAUAACUAAUUAAAUAACACCAGAUCAGAGUAACAAGCUGUCAUUACAAAGGUUUAAAGACAGUGUGUGAUAUUGGCGUGAUCUGGAAACAGAGUGGGCGUGUCACUGGUCAAACCAGUGCGACAGGCAGGAGAAAGUUCAGAGAUGUACUGUAAAUGUUCCAGCACUGUGUUGAGCUGUAUUAUGUGUAAGCACUGAGGUGGAGUUUAGCUUGUGUCUGGUUUUUGAAGCUAACUGUCCCUUUGUAUGCCUGUAUGAUGACCCUUAUGUGGUUAUUUAUUUAUUUAAUCAAUUAUUAAUGCUAUCUGGUGAGGCUGACAAAUCUUGAAGUGUAAUGCUUUUCUGUUACAUUGAUGAGCUUUGGGAGUAAUCCCUCAGGUACGUGGCUUUUGACUCUAUGUGCCUUCAGUAAAAAACUUAGUGCUCAUCUUUUUUUUUUUCAACUAUCUUGAAGUAGAGCUUCCAACAGCUCAUUAGGGGCUUAUAUUCAAGAGUUUAUUAGCAUUUUAAGAGUCACAGCACUCUGAUAACAAAUCUUACCUCAGAAACAUUGAUAGCCAGGCUGUUCAUUCCAGGAACGAGUAAGUGUGAGCCACUAAAGUGCUAAAUUUACAAUUCUCUUCCACUUCAGGACAGUUCCAAGCAUGUAAGGUGUAUUUAUACUACUUAUACACUGAGAGUAUGACACUUUGGCUAACAACAAUGGCUAUUUGGUAUGAUAACUUCUUUAUAGUUUGCACUUUUUGGAGAAUAUUAUGAGUAUUCUUUUGAAAUGUCCUCCCCUUUUCAUGAAGCUGUGAAUGGUAAAUACUAUUAUUUUUGGAUGCAUUUGAAAAGUUUAACUUAAAAAAAAAAAACAAGCACUAUAGUGGUAUUCAUUGUGAGUUCUAAAUUUUAUCAGACAUGUGCAGUUUGUGUUGCCUUUGUAAUGUUCAUAACAAGCCAGAAAUUGUUACAAACCUCUCCUGAGCCUGCACAUUAUGUCUCACAUCUUAAGUUACAACCAUGUUUUGCACCAGCUACUCUAUUGUAUUGUGUAUUGCAUAUUGUGUCUCAUGUCUGUGUCCUGAUUCCUCUGUGUUUUGUGUUGCUUCUCUGCCACUGUGAUUUUGUAUACUGGUCUGUUACGUCAACAGAAAAAAAAAGACAAAAACAAGCUUUUGUAUAUACUAAAGAGUAAAAACUAAGAUAUUUAAUGUCUUCCCUGCUGUUAACACCUUCAAACCCAAGAGUCUGCAUGAUGAAAUUAAAGGGAAUUAAAAUUUUCAUUUGGACUAAA